CCUGAAACGACAACACAACCAAACAAACUGUCGAGGCAAUCAAUCCGUCACGUUUCUCCUCUUUUUCUCCUUCCCUCUAUCCCGCCCACGCUGCUGCGCCCGCCUAUUCCUUCUCGAAUCGCCGACGCUCGCUCCUUCAUUCACGAUUUCCUUUUUCUGUCCUUCCUCGACAUACCCAUAUACGACCCCACGCAAAAAGACCAAAGAUGCGGUUAUCAAAUGUCUUGCCUAUACCCCUCGUCUUCGCCACCGCUGCCUCUGCGUAUUUUAUGAUAUCUGAGCCCACGGAAGGUGCGCAAUGGCGGAACGGCGCUGUGAAUGACGGAGUCGAUUCGUUCGAUGUCGAGAUGACGAGGCUCAGUGAGGAUGGUCUGACAUACAUCGCCAGCACAGUCCCCGCCGACAAAGCCUCGCCGUCGUCAUUAAACGUAUACCUCGAAGACAUCCCAGCAGCCGACGACUAUUUCCUACUAUUCCUCAACUCUACACAUGGGGUCAUGUAUACCACCUCUCCCCGGUUUAGCGUUCUCAAUUCUUCAAGUACCGCUACCUCCACGUCUGGUUCGACACCCACGCCAGACAGUGCCGCUCCUACCGUCACGGUAAGCGGAUCGCCAAAUCCAACACAGGGUUUCGUGACGACCUUUGCGGCUGUGUCGAGUGCGUUGCCAACGUUGGUAGAGUGGAGAGCUCUCGUGGGUAUAGGUGCAGCGCUGGUCGCCGGCCUUGGUGGAGCCCUAUGCGUAUUCUUCUAGUCUAUCCCUUUUUCUAUAUUCGCCUAGAAUCGCCGGGUUUCUGUUCGAUAUGUCGCGUCGCAAUUGAAGGAAAAUGAAUGUUGGAUGGACCUCCCCCUCGCUUAUUCAUGCAAAGCCCCUCGUUAUACCUACUUUAUAUUUAUCUCUCGGGCCUAAUGUACUAGGGAUUCUCUUACACAAUCGCAUUUCAAACCCGAAUGUAUGAUCGACGGGAUUUUCGUUGCUGCGCUCUGGGGAAUACACUGCGCAAUGCGCAUCUACCAGCGUUUUCGUAAUAACUUGCGUCUGUCGCCACCGCCGCUUGACGUACAGUUUCUCCGCUACCGGCGGGAGGAAGCGAGCCGAAUGGGUAAAUACCGCAGUACUCGGGUUUCGCA